GUGAUUAUCCUCCCUUCCUCCUGUCCGAACUAGCCUAGGGAGGAGGGGGAGGGGGAGGAGGAGGCACACGAUAGGGAAGGGGUCGGAUCCGCAAGGGAUCGAGGAGGAGGAAGGAAGGAUGCUGGGCAGCCGCAAGGGCGAGGCGCCGGGACACCACGCCAACCCCAAGGACGCUGACGACGACUCCACCGACGAAGCACCGCACGGCGUCGUCAAGCUAAUCAGCGCAGAAGGCUUCGAGUUCGUCGUCGACAAGAAGGCCGCCAUGGUCUCCAACACCCUCCGCAACAUGCUCACCUCGCCCGGCGGCUUCUCCGAGACGCGCGAGGGCGAGGUUAGGUUCCCCGAGAUCAGUACCCCCAUCCUCGAGAAGAUCUGCCAGUACUUCUACUGGUCGCUCCACUACUCCAGUGGGAAGGAGACAUCUGAGUUUCAAAUUGAACCUGAGAUAACUCUGGAGCUGAUGAUGGCUGCAAAUUAUUUGGACACCUGAUGAUGAGCUGGAAUUGUUUUAGUAGCAGCUUCUUCUUGUUAAUGAAUGAAUGAAGUGAUCUCUAAACAAGAGGACCGAGUGGAUCCCUUGUUUGCAUCCCAUUUGAGUGAUGUAAACAUUAGAGGAUGUAAUGGAUGUGUUGUGCUGUAAUGUGGUUGCGUAAGAAGGCAUCUCUCAUACUUUAGAUGGCAAUGCCCAUGUGUGCAAGUGGUCGGUUUUUCACAGGAAUAAUGGACAUCCAUCUCUGAUAUUCA